GCUCCGGAAGCAAAGUGGAGUGCGGCACGGAGGUCAAGCCGGGCAAGAUGGCGGCGCCCAAGCAUCCAGGCUGAGUGAAAUGAAGGACAGGGCUUGCUCCGGAUAGCGGGUCCUCAUGCUGUCCGGCCGUCUUGGACUUUCGCAGGAUAUUUUAUCCAGCAAGUUCAGAAGAAAAAGUCAUGCAGCAAAUGCCAUGCAAAUUUGCAUGUUUAUUUAAGAUCACCAAAACAAGAGGAGUCACAUUUCAACAGUUAAACUCCCUCAAGCGAACAUAUGUAGCACAGAAUAAUAGAACACUCUGUCAGCAAUCAAAAUUGAAGCCAAAAUCGUCUGCAUCACCUUUCCCUGAAGGAGAGCACUUGGCCCUGGAAAAAUCGGUUGUCCGCGAAGUGAGGCCUGUGUCACCUCUUGUGCCGCCUCCUUCUGAGAAACUGGAGAUAAAUGAAGGCCUUGAGUCGACUGCAGUCGCUGGUGACUUAGAAACUGUAGUAGGAACUUCAUCAAAGAAAGAGAAACAAUGGAAAGAGAUGAAACUAAACCUGGAUGAAUUACCAGGAAUUUUGGCACGUCUAUCCAAAAUCAAACUCACAGCCUUGGUUGUUAGUACUGCCUCAGCUGGAUUUGCAAUGGCACCAGUGCCGUUUGACCUGCAGUGUUUCCUGCUUGCCUCCCUUGGAACGGGUCUCUCAUCAUGCGCUGCUAAUUCCAUCAAUCAGUUCUUUGAGGUUCCAUUUGACUCGAAUAUGAACAGGACAAAAAACAGACCCCUGGUGCGAGGACAGAUCAGCCCUCUGCUCGCGGUCUCCUUUGCAGUCUCCUGUGCGGUUCCUGGGCUUGCCCUGCUGACUUUCGGAGUGAAUCCUCUGACUGGGGCCCUGGGAGCCUUCAACAUUGUCCUGUACACGUGCUGUUACACACCACUGAAAAGAAUCAGCAUUGUCAACACAUGGGUGGGAGCCGUGGUUGGUGCCAUUCCCCCCGUCAUGGGCUGGACAGCAGCAACGGGCAGUCUGGAUGCAGGAGCAUUGCUACUGGGAGGGAUCCUCUACUCGUGGCAGUUCCCUCACUUCAAUGCACUGAGUUGGGGCCUUCGUGAAGAUUACUCCCGAGGUGGCUACUGCAUGAUGUCUGUCACUCAUCCAGCAAUGUGCAGGCGGGUAGCUCUGCGGCAUUGCUUUGCCUUAAUUGGACUUUCAUCACUGGCUCCUGUCCUUGAUGUCACCACGUGGACUUUCCCCAUAAUUUCUCUUCCCAUAAACCUGUACAUUUCCUACCUUGGCUUUCGUUUCUACAAGGAUGCUGACCGCAGCAGCUCCCGGAAGUUAUUUUUUUGCAGCCUCUGGCACUUACCGUUGCUCCUCCUGCUGAUGCUAACGUGCAAGAAAUCUUUUUAUGAGAAAGACAACAAAAAGGAGACUGUGAACUGAGAUCGCCAUGUUCUGUUGGGAAAACUAACAUGGCCUCUUGUGAUAACUGGCUUCAGAAGCCAUUAUUCAAACGGGUGUUAUGUCAGCGGUCAUGCAGGGUGGGGAGGUUUAUGCUGCCACUGUACAGAAAAUCUUUUGGUGCCCAGUGAUUGAUUUCAAAUUAAAGGGUGUUGUUUGGGAUACA